GAGAGUGACAGACAGUGUUGUGACCAUCGUUUCCAUCAACUCUUCGCACAUCUCAGCCAUGGAUUCAAUCCCGAAGUUUACGUCAAAGACACGGACGAGUACUUUGGAUAAGUCUCUCCCCAAAGCUAAGUCUGAAAUCAACAUAAGUAUCUACGCUCUACUCAUGAGUGAAAUGGUGCAGUACUGCCAGAAUAGGGUCUAUACUGUUCCCGAACUGCAGACCAGAUUGUCGGAAAUGGGUUAUAGAGUCGGACAACGAGUCAUGGAUUCGAUGGCUAUUCGCGAGAAGAACUUCAAGAGAGAGACGCGAAUCAUCAAUAUGUUGGUCUUGUUGAGGACCAAAGUGUGGACCAAUCUGUUUGGCAAAGAGGCCGACAAACUGGAGCAGGCUAACGAUGACGAGACCACAUAUUAUAUCAUCGAAAGCGAGCCAUUGGUCAACAAAUUCAUAUCAGUGCCCAAAGACAAGGGAUCUCUCAAUUGUGCCGCUUUUGUGGCCGGAAUUAUAGAAGCGGUUCUCAAUGAAAGCAAUUUUAGUGCAAAAGUGACGGUCCAUUGGCAUAAAGGGACCACUUUUAUGAUCAAAUUUGACGAUUCAGUGGUCGCCAGAGAUAAAGCCCUCGACAAUAAAUAAUACACUUUUGUUUGGGUUUUAUUAUUAAUUCAAUAAAUAACUCCAUUUUGUAUAUUAAUUGAAACAUUAAUUGUUUUACUAUUAUUACAUUUACUUUAUAAUAAAAAAUUAAAUCUGAAUCAACA